GCCAGGCAACUUGGUCACUUCUCCAGCUGGCACGGGAGAGAAAAGCAGCCCAGAGGAAAGGAGUAGGGAGGGGAGGCCAUCGUAAGGGCCUCUAGUGAGUGUGGAGAUGGGAAGACAGCUGUACCCAGCCCCGAUGCCCUGCCAGACCCCCGCCACACCGGUCCCACCAACUGGAAGCCCUUCAGGCUCUCCCAUCACCCUUCUCAACCCUCUCCCUUCUUGCAGAUGCCAAGAAGUAGCCUUUCCAGCUGCAAAUUGCCUUCUGCCCCUCAAGGCCUCCCCUCCUCCCUCACCCUUCCCCAGGGCAGCGAAGGCUGAGCCUCUGAUGUCUCUGGACUUUGUCUCCCUUCUUCCUUCCUAAUCGACUAUGGGCAUUUGCAGAUUUGGAGGACAGGAGGAAAAUCAGGUCAUUCUAAGCCCCUCCUUUACUGGCAACAUUGACCCACUUAUUCUUCUCUUCUCUCAGACCCCCUCCCCAGAGGCCAUUCAGCCUGGACAUCUGCCCCAACCAAAUCUCACCUUCCCUGUCCUUGCAGCCCAAAGGUUAGUCCAGACUCGAUGAGCUGCUCCAGUCCCGUCCCCUGAAAUCAGGGAGGUGACUGGUCUGUAGAAUGUCCUGGAUCACCCCUAGUUUGGCCUCUGCCUUGGGUUGUAAGUCCCUUUAGGGCCUCAGUUUCCCCAUCUGCUAACUUGGAUUAAUGAUGCCUGCCCUCUGGACCCAGAGGAUGAAGUUCUAAGGAGAUCACAGAUGAGGAAGGGUCCAGCGGCUUGGCUGCAGCCGGCGAAGGGGCCUCCUCCACGCCGUGCCCCUAGGCUCUGCUGCUCGGCUCCCCCUCCUCGGCGCGCCCCUCCCUCUCCUUGCUCCUACUCCCCUCGUUCCCCCCUUCUCCCUCUCCCCUGCCUCUCCCUCCUCCUGCCUCUCGGCUCGCCUCCCUGUUUUAGCUGUCCUCCUCUUCCCCCACGCCUCCCUGCCCCGCGCGCCCCAUCCCGGCUUCGCAGCGCCCCGCCCGCCUCCGCCUGCGGGCCCGGCCCCGCCGCAGCGCGGGCAGUCAGUGCGCAGCCCCGGAGCCCGGAGCCGGCUCGUCCGGAACCCAAACCCGGACCCGACCCGGCCGCCGCCCCCAGCCAGGGGUCAUGCUGAUGCUCCUGCUGGGCCUGCUGGGCCCGGUCGCCUGCUGGGCCCUGGGCCCAGCCCCGGGCUCGUCGGAGCUGCGCUCGGCCUUCUCGGCGGCUCGCACCAGCGCCCUGGAAGGCACGUCGGAGAUGGCAGUGACCUUCGACAAGGUGUACGUGAACAUCGGCGGCGACUUCGACGCGGCCACAGGCCAGUUCCGCUGCCGCGUGCCAGGCGCCUACUUCUUCUCCUUCACGGUGGGCAAGGCCCCGCACAAGAGCCUGUCGGUGAUGCUGGUGCGCAACAGCGACGAAGUGCAGACGCUGGCCUUCGACGAGCAGCGGCGGCCGGGCACGCGGCGCGCCGCCAGCCAGAGCGCCAUGCUGCAGCUCGACUACGGCGACGCGGUGUGGCUGCGGCUGCACGGCGCGCCGCAGUACGCGCUCGGCGCGCCCGGCGCCACCUUCAGCGGCUACCUAGUGUACGCCGACGCCGACGCGCCUGCGCGCGGGCCGCCCGCGCCCCCUGAGCCGCGCUCGGCCUUCUCCGCGGCGCGCACGCGCAGCCUGGUGGGCUCGGACGCUGGCCCCGGGCCCCAGCACACGCCUCUCACCUUCGACACCGAGCUCGUCAACAUCGGCGGCGACUUCGACGCGGCGGCCGGCGUGUUCCGCUGCCGCCUGCCGGGCGCUUACUUCUUCUCCUUCACGCUGGGCAAGCUGCCGCGCAAGACGCUGUCGGUGAAGCUGAUGAAGAACCGCGACGAGGUGCAGGCCAUGAUUUACGACGACGGCGCGUCGCGGCGCCGCGAGAUGCAGAGCCAGAGCGUGAUGCUGGCGCUGCGGCGCGGCGACGCCGUUUGGCUGCUGAGCCACGACCACGACGGCUACGGCGCCUACAGCAACCACGGCAAGUACAUCACUUUUUCCGGCUUCCUGGUCUACCCCGACCUCGCCCCCGCCGGCCUUCCAGGCCUCGGGCCCCCAGAGCUCUGAGCCUCGGCCCGGAGAAGAGCCCGGGAGCGUCCAGGGGACGUGCAUGACGCCGCAGGCGCGAGCAUGACGGCCUGCCCGGCGCGGCUGGACUCUGCCAAUAAAGUGUGCCUGCGCCGGCGUCUGUCUAC